AUGGCAGAUGGGGCGCAGGCCAACCCCAAAGGGUUCAGGAAGAAGGUGUUGGUUAGACGCUCCUCUGAGGGGAGGGGGCCAAGCCUCAGGGCCUCCCCUCCUUGGAGAAUCUCCAGGUCCAGCCUGGGUGUGAAGAAAUUCAUUGCCAUCGCCGUCCUGGCAGGCAGUGCUCUUUCUGUUCCUCGCGUGUCCAGUCGCCAAACCCUCCUGAUCUCUGAAGCGCCCUCACUAAUUCUCAUUCGCCACCAGUGCUGCCAUGCCCAUGAUUGCUGCUACCAGAAACUCUUUGACCAGGGCUGCCGCCCCUAUGUGGACCACUAUGACCACACAAUCGAGAAUGACACUGUGGUCGUCUGCAGCGAGCUCAACGAGACAGAGUGUGACAAGCAGACGUGUGAGUGUGACAAGAGUGUGGCUUUGUGCCUCAAGAACCAGACAUACAGGGAGCAGUACCGUGGCUACCUCAACAUCUACUGUCAGGGUCCCACGCCCAACUGCAGCAUCUAUGACCCGCUCCCCGAGGAGAUCACCUGUGGACACCACCCCCCAGUGACCCUCGCCCCUCCAUAG